GAAUUCCCAGUGCCAGACUUUGGCUGGAUGCAGGAAGAGAAGGCUGUGAGGAAGAGGAAGUUGUCACGGGACCCCCAGGCAGACAAGGAGCCCAGGGAGGACAAAUCCCCUCAGCAGAACCUCGUGGAAGAGGCUGUUUUGAGCGGCUCCAUGGCACAGGAAUGCAACAGGGAGGAAAAGCCGCAAAGAUCCCGCCCGAGGAGGGGCUCCAAACCCAUGCCAGGGUGCUCCGAGGAGGAAGGACCCACCCUGUGCCAGGAAGGCAGCCAGAGAUGUGGCCAGAGCUCUGAGCUGGUGGUGCAUGAACAGCUUCACAAUGGCAAGAAGCUGCACCAGUGCUCGGAAUGUGGGAAGAGUUUCUACACAAACUCUGGCCUGCUCCGGCACCAGAAGAUCCACACUGGGGAACGGUGCUGUGAGUGUGGGAAAUGUGGGAAGCGCUUCAGGGACACCUCUGGCCUGAUGAUCCACCUGAGAGUCCACACUGGGGAACGGCCCUAG